AUGGCGCCUCGCCGGAGCGCUGCCGUUGAGGCGGAGGAACAAGAACCGGAGGAGGGAAUCGCCCGGCUGCAGUUCAACGAGCCGCUGACAUGGCGCCCCGGGAAACCGAUUGCGAUUGAUACGCUACUUAAGAGGCUCGACAAAUUGACCAAGGAGUUGGCUGAGAUGGACCAGGAAUUGACCGACCCAGCAUCACUCACCAAGGUCGCCAAGGAGGUCGCAUCGCACCAGCUCCUCAACCACAAGGAUAAGGGGGUGCGCGCGUACACGGCUUGUUGUGUUGUCGAUAUCCUCCGCCUCUGUGCCCCAGAUGCACCCUUCACCCCGUCCCAACUAAAGGAUGUUUUUAAUCUCACCGUCACCUCCAUCAUCCCCUCCCUUUUUGAUCCGUCGAAUCCUUAUAAUAACCAGCACAAAUACGUCCUGCGCUCUCUGGCCGAAAUUAAGAGCAUCGUCCUGCUGCUUGACGUUGAUGGGAGCGAGAACCUCCUUCUUCAUCUCUUUUCCACCAUAUUCGACGGCGUGUCGGGGUCAAAGUCGGCUUCGGGAGAGCAAGUCGCCAAGGAUGUCGAGUAUAGUAUGCAGGAGCUCCUGGGCGUACUUGUGGAGGACGCCACGAGCCUUCCGGCAAAGGUUGUCGAUGUGAUGAUGGCCCAAUUUCUACGAGCGGCUGCGCCGGGGGGUACCAGGGACAAGCACAACCAUGCCAAGCUGGACGAAAACCAGGCGACUCUUCUCGCCAAGGAAGAACCCGAGGCCUACCAGAUCGUGAAGCACAUGUGCCAAAUAUUCCCUGACAAAAUGGCCCGCUUUGUCAGCCAGUAUUUCAGCGAUGUUAUUGUCGACGCAACGAGCUUUGCUGGAAGGUCAGACAGGGACGGGGAUGAGGAUGAUGACGGACCUUCCGCACCGUCCGAGUCGGAUCUGAGAGAAUUGCGCAAGGCGCACACGCUCAUCCGAGAGAUUUGGAAGGCCGCGCCACAGAUUCUCCAGAACGUGGUCCCACAAGUCGAUGCCGAGCUCUCGGCAGACAAUGUUCACCUUCGCUUCCUCGCGACGGAGACGCUAGGCGACAUGAUUUCGGGUAUUGGCGCGGCCGGGCCACCUCCUCCCCCGACUUUGGACCCGGCUGGUUAUCCACCACUGGGGUUGGAUGACGAGGAUAAGACGGAGGCUCCUGCGGCGAACAUCCUAACCACGCCGCUCUCCGCCAUCUCUUUCUCGCAAACCCACAACGUGACCUUCCACAACUUCCUCAGCAGGAGAAACGACAAGUCGCCAGCCAUCCGGGCCGCUUGGACAACAGCUGUUGGACAUAUUAUUUCGACCUCGGCCGGUGGGAUUGGGCUAGGGCGUGAGGACGAGGCGGCGCUAAUCCAGGGGAUCGGAGAGAAGCUUUCGGACGGCGAUGAAAAAGUCAGACUCGCAGCCGUUAAGGCUAUCGAGUGCUUUAGCUUCCGGGACGUCAUUCUGAAACUCGGUCCCAGUGGAGGUGUCGGGAAGGAUGGUUCUGUCUUAUCCACCCUGGCCGAUCGCUGUCGCGACAAGAAGCCGGCCGUUCGCGUUGCCGCCAUGUCUCUGCUAGGGAAGCUUUGGGGGGUCGCGGCCGGAGAGCUCCUCGCCGGCCACGAGGCGGUCACGGCUGCUCUCGGGGCGGUCCCCACCCGUAUCUACAACUCGUUCUACGCCAAUGACCUCGAGCUCAAUGUCCUGUUGGAUCGCGUCAUUUACGAAUGCCUCGUACCCCUCUCAUAUCCGCCACCAAAGAAGGCCCCUAAAAACGCCACAUUCAACGGCAGCUCUCAGUCCCAAGCUACCGCGGCAGCAGCGGCGUUCGAUCCGGAUGCGAUACGGGCGGAAAGGAUACUACUGCUCCUCAGGUCUCUCGACGCCAAUGGCAAAAAGGCCUUCUUUGCCAUGCAAGCGAGACAGCCCCAGUUCGCUCAUGUUCUCGAGACCUACGUCAAGCAGUGCGACCAAUUCAACGGUGGCGUGAUGGACAACGAUGCCGCGAAGAAGACAGCUAACCUCAACAAAACGACGCGAUAUAUUUCUCAGUUCCUUCCCGACGGGCCCAAGGCAGAACAGGACCUGUACCGGUUCGCCAAAGCCAAUGAUCGGCGCAGCUACAAUCUCAUCAAGUUUGUUAUUGGCCAGGAACAUGACUUCAAAACGGUUCACAAGGCGCUCAAGGAGUUGAUGAAGCGCAUCCAGGCCAGCAAGGACCCCGCCGUCCGCGAUACAUUGCUACCGCUCCUCUACCGGUCCGGCUGCCUGAUGUUUAACCGUAGCCACCUCGCUUCCAUCAUGGAAUUCUCGAGGUCAGACAAGAACAACAUGGGCUCCGCGGCCCAUGAGAUCUUGAACGAGAUAUCGCAACGGAAUCCGGACCUGUUCAAGACCCACAUCGGGCAGCUCUGCAAGGACCUUGUAGACCAAGCUCCCACGCAGACACGGGAGAAUGAUCCGGUGGUGGUCGAGACGUUGAAGGCGUGCUCUACAUAUGCCCGCAAGUACCCCAAGGAUGUGCCGGCCGAAAAGGAGUUCAUGCGGACCAUGAUCAACUACGCGCUUUACGGCCAACCUACUAGGGCCGCAAAGUAUGCGGUGAACAUCCUGCUUGCCAAGAAAGACGACAGGAGCAUGCUCAGCGCAACCGACCUACUUCAGCGAUCUUUGAAAGACUGGUCGUACGGGUCGAAGAACUUUCUGAACAAACUGGCCGCCGUGAGCCAACUUGAGCUUCUCGCGCCCAAGGUUACUCAAGAUGCAGAGGAUAGGAUCCUCAACAUGGCAGUCCAACAAGUCCUCCUCGAUGUCCAGACGGAAGCUAGCGCCAAAGAUCCGGACUGGGUCGACGACGCCGAUUUGGAUGAAGAGUGCCAAGCCAAAUGCCUCGCCCUCAGAACCCUAGCCAACAGGCUAAUAAGCACCGAAGAUGUCGACGAGGCGAAGGAGAAAGCAAAACCUGUCUGGAAGUUGUUCAUGAAGCUGAUACGCUCCAAGGGAGAGCUUUCCAAGUCUAAGGAGACCCCGAAGCAUCACCGGGCGCGGUUAAGGCUGCUCGCGGCGCAGCUGCUGCUGAAGUUGUGCAAGCAAAAACACUUUGACGAGUUGCUCUCCCCUGAAGACUUUGACGCGCUCGCUCUCACGACCCAAGAUGCGGUCCAAGAGGUUCGCCACAACUUUGUGAGGAAGUUGCAAAAGUAUCUGGCGGAAGGCAAGCUGCGAUCCCGGUUCUACACCGUCGUCUUCUUGAUGGCGUUCGAGCCAAACGCCGAGUUCAAGCAGCGGACUGAGACCUGGAUCCGGUCGCGAUCGCGCCAUUUCCAAGACAACAAGCAACCCGUUCUGGAGGCUGUCAUGCCCCGGCUCCUGUCGCUCCUUGCCCACCACCCUGACUACAUCGCUGAACUGGACGAGUUGGUUGACCACGCCCGGUACAUGUUCUUUUACGUCAGCCUGGUUGCGACCGAAUCCAAUAUCGGCCUUAUCUACAAGUACGCCGAGCGGGUCAAGCAGACGCAGGACUCACUGGACCAGCAUAGCAAUAACCAUCAGGUUCUGAGUGACCUGGCGCAAGCCGUCAUCAGGAAGUGGCAGGACAAGAAGAACUGGGUGUUCAACGCCUACCCGGGUAAGGUCGGGUUGCCCGUCGGCCUAUACAACGCGCUUAAGUCACACGACGAGGCCCAGGCUAUCGCCGAGAAGCAGCUCGUGCCAGACGGCGUCGACGAGAAGCUAGACGAGCUUCUCCGGGCGAUGGAUCGCAAGAAGAAACGCAAAUCCGUCGACGACCGCGGCGACCCUAACCACCCCUCCAAAAAGGCCCGCACCCAAUCCAAAUCCAAGUCCGGCUCUGGCCAGGCCAAGGAACCCAGACCCAUCAAGAGCGCAAAGAAGGCCGGCACCACCCCCAGACCGAAAAAGCCCUCGUCCUCGAGCAGCAAGGCCAAGAAGGCUGCCACUGAGAGGGCUAUUCCCGACUCGGAGCGCCGGCGGAGCGGCCGCGCGGCGGGCCUGAACCAGUCGUACAUGGAACGUGACUCGGAUGUUGACGACGAGGAGAUGCUGGACGGGGUCGCCGAGUGGGAGUAUGAGAAUGGCAGUGAUGCCGGUUCUGGGUCUGGCUCGAGGAGUGAGGAUGGAAAUGAGGGCGGGGAUAAUAAUGAAGAGGAGGGAGAAGGUUCGGAGAAUGGCGUCGGGUCGGAACAGCAGGAGGCGGAAGAGGAAGGGGAGGAGGCCGAGGCUGUCGAAGAGGAGAAGGUUGAGGAGAAGCCGGCUGGAAGGGGAAGGCGGGGUAUCCCGACUAGGGGGAAAGCGAAGACUGCACCGGCGCCAGCACAGGAUGAGGACAAUGAUAACAAAUCGGGGAGUGACCUCUCGGAAGCGGAGAACGGGGAUGUGGAGAUGGAAGAGGCGUCGGAGCCUGUUGAGGACAAGAACGGAGACGAGCAGGCGGAGGAGGAAGAGCCCGAGCCUACGCCUCCACCACCCUCCCGGGGCGCUCGCAGGGCGAAGGCCGCUGCUGCCGCUCCGACGCCUAAAGUGACCAAGGCUGCUGCGAAGGCUAAAGCUACGCUUAAGGGCAAGGCUGCUGCUGCUGUUAAGGCCGCCGAGAAACCUGCGCCUGCGCCGGCCAAGGCAGGAGGCAGGGUUACCAGGGGGAGGAAGAAGGCCGGCGAUGAGGAGGCGUGA